AACACCCAAUGCCAUCUGUUCACUUCAGAUGGAUCCAGACUUGCAGGAACUAGCAGGUAACCAGCUGGAGCUUUCUGUCUACAGAACAGCCCUAAAACUAUGCUGUGUACAAAGUCUUUGCCAGUUGGAUUUGAUUGAUGUUUCUCUGUUUCAGCACCUCCUAAAAGGUGAACAGAGCCAGAGGGAAAAGCAGAUCUCUCUGAAAGUGCAGCAGAUCUCUGUAAUGCUCACCAAACUCUUCAUUCUUCUCCACUUGCUUCCAGCUUUCUGGUAUCCUGAUGGGAAGGUGGCCUUGAUUACCUGUGGUGCCCUGAAGCUACUGACAGACUUAAAUCAGGCUCUGCUGAAUUUGACAGAUGUUGAAGAAUAUUUCCUGUCUUGGCUGAAGUUGGAACCUGCUGUUCUCCAGUGGUUCCCUACAUGUUACAGAUUAUCAGCCACAGAAGUGGUUUCUCAUCAAGCUAGAUGGAGAGUCUGCAAAACUCUCCCCACUACAGGCCUCAGGUGUAUGGCAGCAAUGGCAAGUGCCAGGCACCUCCUCCACACCAUCAAGAACAACCUCUUUCAAGAGCGCCGCAGGAGGAAGGAGGCUCAGAGGAGGAGGGCUCUGGAGAUGGCAGAGGAGAAGCACUUCCCUACUCACAAAAAGGCUUUUCCCCCUGCAGAGCUCAGUGCUCCACCACCACCUGGCCCUGAGAACCCAUCUUCCCCAGUGGACAGACCUGUCCUGGAGUCCCCCAGGUUCAUGACUGAAGAGAGAACUGUACUGCAGAAGAGUGAGAAUAACAGCAAGGCACCAGAGCAAGGCCAGACAAAAUCUCAGGCAGUUGUCUCUUUUGAAGCAGAUGUGUUAAAAAUACACAAAUCCCUCAAAAGCAUUCACAAUGAAACCAGGUACAUGAGGAAGCAGCUAAACAAAUGGAAGGAGGAAAUGCAAUUUCUUCACAACUGCCAGGAAGAUAAAAGCUGCAAAAUAGAGGCAAAGCUCCAAAGCCUGAGAGCAAGCCAUGAAAACCUGCAAAUGAAGCUGCAGCAAAUGAAGCAAGAAGUAAAGACAAUGUUGCAGUCAUCAGAGCCUCCUUUUGCACAUCAUCAGAAUAUGAUACCAAGAAAUCCACAUGUCCAGCUGGAAAGGAGAAUGCAGAGUGGAUUAAAUCCUGCCCAGAUAAGUCCCACUUCCAGAACAUGUGCAGACAGGCAAUCUUUGAAUCCCCCCAACUCUGCAAAUAGAAUGCAGCUUCUACAGACCCCUGAGGUUCCAACUGCAGUGGACUUUAUGCUCUCAGAAGACCCACUGGAGUCAGUGUCCCUGCAGAGCAACAGACCUUUUAUGGGGCAAUAUAAAAAACCAAAUGAGAAUCAAACACAUCUGCCUGGACUGACAGGAGACUCCCCUGAUGCCAUGAUGAGGAAUACAGUUCCUAGUCCCACAGCAGUGCAUAUGGCACCUGCUGAGAAGGAAGUCAGUGAGGAAAUGGAACUGCAGCAGCUAGUGAUGAAACUGGAAGAUGUAUUGUCCUUCCAAGCCCAAACAGCUCAACAGUCUGCUUUGGAGCAGGAGCUCUUCUCUGCAGCUGAACGUGUUUGCAGAUCCUUUUCUGACCUCAUCAGCCAAGUAACUUCACCAGCUUAUAAAUGA